AUGGGACCUAAAUUGAGUAUUGAAAAACAUGUUUCAAAUUUAGAAGACAUUUUAGAAUUAAAUAUUAAAUUAAUAGAGAAGGUUAAAUUCGAUAACAACAUUCCGAACUCUAUAACUUAGCACUUGAAAAUUUGGAAAUUUUAUGAAGACAAACUCUUUAAUAAGAAGGUAAAAUCUGAACCAAUCAAUCUAAACUAAAUAUAGACAAAUGGAUUUAAUUUUCUAUCAAAUGAAUGUUAUCUAGUAUUGUUAGUUUACAAAAAGGUUCAUGAAGACGUAGAGCUUAAUUAAUUUACGAACUUUCCCCAUUAGAUGUGGGGAAUAGUAGAGUCCCACUCAAAUUUAACUCCUAGAGGAUUGGAAGGUCCAGUAGCAUUAUCUGAAAGCUACCUUGAAUCUUUUUUAUUGCCUUAAAGACAACUAAACCCAUCAACUUCCAACAUUUUUGAGUAUAUGAUCUUUGUUUGGAAUGGAAAAACCGCGAAUCCUUUAAUUAAAGCAUAAGCAUUAUCACAUGCAUUUGAAUUAGAGUAAUUAUUAAACAAUGGAAGAGACCCUUUAUUGGAGAUUCUCUUCAAUGGAUGUACAAUAAAAAAUAAGAAUUUAUCAAAAGGCUAAAUCAUAACAUUGUAAAGCGGAGCUUAAACUUAAGCCCCAAAUAUAAUAAGUUAAAAUUAAAUACGAUAAACAAUAUACUUAUUAAAUUUUUUGUAUCCAAUUCCUGAUAAAAAGAAAGAAUUUUCAAAAUUAGCUGGUUUAAUUGCAUAGAAGUAAGAGUUGCCUUAAGAUUACGCUUAAUAAUUUAUUUAAAUGGAUUUGCCUUAAUAUCUUUCGUCCAAAGUAGAAGAAGUAUCAGUUGAAAAAUAGAAAUUAUAGCUAAAAUAAUUUUGCAAUGAAGCUUAACCUAAGGAUUUAAUGAUCGUUUAUGAUCAAACAAAAUUAAGAUGUGAUUCAAAUGAAAUUUAAGAUUCUAUUUCUCCUUCUCUAUAAAGUUUUAAUACACAUUCUAGUAUUUCUAAAGAAAAUAAAGAUGAUGAGAACACUAAUUCAGCAUAACUACUUGGCAAUUCAGUUUAAAUAAAUUUACAUGAUUAAUCAAGAAAUAAAGUGCCGAGUUUUAAUAUACCAAAACUGAAUUUAAAUUGCAAGAAAAAUUCAAAAGAAUUAAACAUUUGGCUUCCUUUGGUUGAAGUAGUUGAGAAUUCAGAAAAUGAAAAAGCUAUUCCCAUGAAAUUGCAUCUAGAUAAUUUAAAAUUCCAAAGAGAUAUCACAACAUAUAAGGAUAUUGAACAGGAAGACUCAAAUGGAUAUAAUUUUGAUAUAAGAGACACAGAUAGGAAGAAAUUAAAGAUAUAAUAUUUUUCUGAAUAAUGUUCUUCAGUUAUUCCAGAUUUUUUGUUUGUAGGAGGAGAGUAAAUUGCCUAUAAUCGAGAAAUUUUAAAAUAGAUAGGAGUCACUCAUGUGAUUAAUUGUGCAGGAGAUGUUUGUAAGAAUAAAUUCCAAGAUGACUUCUAAUAUUAAACAUACUAUUUAAAAGACUCUAAAACUGAGAACAUAGAAUGCAUAUUUUAUGAAGCUAUUGCUAUAAUCGAAAAUGCAAAGAAAAACAACGGAAAGGUUUUAAUUCACUGCGUUUAAGGAGUUUCGAGAUCUGUCUCCUUAUGCAUAGCCUAUCUAAUAAUAUCAUAAUAAAUUACAUAUUCAUAAGCAUUUGAUAUAAUCAAGAAAAAUAGAGGAGUAGCAUCACCUAAUAUGGGAUUUACAGUCCAAUUAUUAUUGUUCUAAAAAAGAUUAUUAGCUUAAUACGAUAGCAUCCCAAUAUCUCCAAGGGUUUUUGCAGUUGGGAGAGGUGUUAGUGGACAUUAAAGUAUAGUUUGUAGAAUGUUGAUGGAAUAGUUAUUUUCAGAAAAAUUGGAAAAGACUUUCGAUAGUAGAGGAGUAUUUUUGAUAUAAUCAGAACAUGAACUUUUUGUCUGGGUAGGUCCAGAAUGUAAGUAAUAAGAAAAGUUUAUCUAAUUUGCAAUAGAUUACUCGAAUUAUUUAAUAUAAUAUGAAAAAGCACCUUAGGUUCAACCUACAUUGAUCAAAGCUAAUGAUGAAGCAUAAGCAUUUUGGAAUUUAUGGGGGAUUGUUGGUAAGCAAGUGUCUGUUUGUAGAAAAAUCAGAUAAUGGGAUGAAUGGUAUAAUGAAGUUGAAGAAGAUGAAUUCAAUAAAGAAAAAGAAGAAAAUUAAUUAUUAUACAGCUCUGAUAGAACAGAAGAAGCUCAGAUUGAAAAGACUGUUUUCUAUCUCUAUCCUAAUUCUGAUCAAUAUUUACACAUUUUUGAUUUAGAAGAUUUAGAUUAAUCUUAAUUAGUUAUAUUAUUAAAAGAAACUAAUAACUUAGCCUUACAAAUUUUUGUAUGGAAAGGAUAAAAAUGGAUUGGAAACGAUAAUGAGGAACAAAUUUUUGUGAAUGAAAUUAUAAGCAAACAUUUUUCAUUUAUUAGCGAGACUAAUAUAUAUGUCUUCUAAGAAGAGCCGAAUGAAGAAAGUGAUGUAUUUCUUGAUUGUUUUUCAUGA